GGAAGGAAGAGAAAAAGAUCAAGAAGAAGGAAAAGAUCAAAAAGAAGAAGAGGGUAAUAAUGUUGAGGAUGAUGACAAGAAUAAUGAUAGUAAAGAUGAUGGUGAGGAUGAUAAUAAGGGUGAUGUAAAGAUGAAAGAGAAAGAUGAAAAAGAGGAGAUGGAAGAUGAUAGUGAGGAGGAACAAAAAAUCAAUAAAAAAAAUCAAACUCAGAAGAAGAAAAGAAAGAUUGAAAAAGAAGAAGAUGGUGAGGAUGUCCAAGUAGUAGAAGCUAAUGAGCAAGAUAAACUAGUUAAGAGGCAACCUUAUCAAAGAGUAUCUCCUACUCAAUUCAUGAAGGAUGUGUUGAUAAAUCUUUCGGAAAAACAAAAGCAAGCUAUUCGGAACAUUGGUUUUGGAGGCUUUUUGGAAUUGGAUUUACCAAUCCAUAUUAAUUCUACGUUGACAGAAAACUUGGUUACGAAUUUUGACACAAAGAGAUGUUGUUUGAUGUUACCAAAGAGAAAACAAGAAAUCUUUUUGGAGGCAAUUGAUGUUCAUUUGGCUUAUGGGUUGCCAUUGGGAGGCAAAAGGAUUGAGCAACCAAAUGAUGAGUCAAAUCUGAAAUGGAGCAAGUUUCUAAAAGCUUGGAGAAGCAAGUUUGGCCUCAAAAAAAGUAUGAUGAUAUAA